AUGAACACGACCAGCUACCAAAACUGCUGCAUCACUCAUCCUGCUCUUCAUAUUAGAGAUAUCAACGAUGCUCAUCGCGUUCUUCAAGCCGUUCGAUUGAACAUUCUCCCACUCGUGAAACGACGUUUGUCCCCUUCAGAACGUAUGGGCCUCCAGAGCGGCAAUGUAUUCGUUUGGGAGGAAUCUGACACCGACGACGGUCUUGUGCGGUGGACAGAGGGAAAGAGAUGGUCUCAGAGUCGGAUGCGAGGAGACUGCCUGAUUUAUGAGGAGAAGAUCGAUACGACAGAAGAUGAGAGGCGAGAGAAAGCGACACGAAGAGCUUUCAAAUGUUUUGAAUCGCCGGAACAGAUGGUCCCACCUCCACCAAAACGCAAGGACCGACCCUCAAAAGUAGAUGGUCUCACCAAACAUGCCUACUCUGUUACUGUCAAGCUACCAAACCACACCACAACGAGAAAAUGGCAUCUCGUAGCCUACUUUUCGGCUCGAGAAUCAGCGCUCCUUCCUGUUGUGGAAGACUACCCUUAUCUGCGUGCUAUCGAAAUACCGCGGGGAGUUUUCGGUGGACACAACGGCAGAUCAUACGGCGGGUGUAUCGACCUCUUUCCUCGUCCGAUCGAGCCACCAGAUGCGUUUGCCCAUCAUACGAUCUCGCCCAGCCAGCCGCGCGAAAACUACGGGCCUCCGUUGGCACUACAAUCACCGCCAACUCAGCUUUCUUCCACAACGGCCAACACCCUUCCCCCGAUAUCGCCUAACGUCUAUUCGGUGCCGCUUCCGCCGCUCUCCUCACUGGGCCACUUCUUCCCUAAGGCACCUGAUCACUACGUCGCGUCAGCCGCGCUGUCCCAGGAUGACCGUCGUGUCCUUGAAAAAUUCCGUGUUAUUCUUUGA